AUGAUGGCCGGCGUGGCGAUCCUUUUUGCUGUAGUGGCCGUGGCGUUCGGCAAGAUGACACCGAACGAGAAGCUGAAGGAGUGCUGCGCCACUCUUCACAAAGCUGACAAGGAAUGUGUCAGCAAAUUCUGCGACUUCAACGCUAUUUCUCAGACCAACCUUCUUGUCGAAGUGCUCAGAGAAGGGUCCAACUGUUGGAAAUAUGUGGGACUGCGCCUCUCUGCGUCACGACGCAUACUGAAUGCUGCAAGAGCAAAGGGUCGAAAGGCAAGUGCCUUGAACAUAUUGCUCUGCUCAACCGGACGUGGUAACCAACACUACGCAUCCGCAACUUACCUUUUCUGUACUGAAUCAUUCAACGAAAUCAGGGAAUGCUUUAUGGCUCAUAUCGAGAAGAACCCUCCAUUCAAGAAAAGAAAGGGAGGAAAGGGAAAGAAAGAGUAA